GGAUGUCCUGUUGUGCCCAUAUUUAACUCAUUGGAAAAUUGUGAGUAGUCAAAUAAUAUUUAACGAUACAAUAUUCCAAAAUUAAAUUGGGGAAAAUUUACCUUAAAAGAUUGAUAAGCUCAUAAUGUCCGGGAACCGUCUGUCUUCUAAAAAACUCAAUGGAAAUAAUACUUCUCAAGGGAUGUUGCAACCAACAUGGGAAUGGACAAGAAGUCAUGAUGAUCGGAUAUUAAGUUUACUUGAGACUGGGUUUCAAAGUGAUUUGACCCUACACCUUGGAUCAGAAGGGUUAAAGGUUGCUGUCCACAGAAUAUUUCUCCAGGCCGGCUCUCCAGUGCUGAAUGGCAAGAUCAAGGCUUCAAUAGAGGAUCUGGUCAUAGAAAAUGUGGACAGUGGCAUCUUCAAGAUAAUGCUAAAAUAUUUGUACACUGGCAAGUCUGACGUGGAAAUGGGCGAUGCUCUACACUUAAUGCAACUUGCGACGGAAUAUGAUAUCAAGGGGACUCUUAGGUUCGACAUCGCGAUAAAAAGAAGAAAACAAGUUUAUUGUAGGAUAACAACUUUACCGAAAUAUUAACUAUAAUUAGCGAGUCUUGCAGUAUUUGCUGAACCGCGGGCCAAUUCCUCAACACUUUUUAAUGACAUAUUUUUUAAAUCUUCCAGUAUGAUUUUAUUGGCGAGCUCAUAAAAUUUAAAUAUAAAAUAUGACAGUGACUUUACCAUCCAUUCACAUACUCCACACGUAAAUAUAUGGCUAAUAUUUGAUUAUGUGCAUGUAAUACAUCAGGACUGUUUAUACGAAUACAAAAGAUUCUUAGAAAGAACUUAAUUUUUAAAUGGCGCAGAUUAUGUUGGUACAAGUACAUUUAUAUUAUUUUCAAAACUAAGCUUUUACUGGUGAUUCGUGAGUCCAGCAAAUUGAUUUAGAAGGAAAAGGAAUGGAUACGAAAAAUUAACGUUGUAUGGAUAAAGGAGAAAAUUGAUAACAAACUUUUCCUUACUAAAAUAAUAUAACCAUGGAAAGCAAUUGGCCCGCGGUUCAGCAAAUACUGCAAGACUCGCUAAUUAUAGUUAAUAUUUCGGUAAAGUUGUUAUCCUACAAUAAACUUGUUUUCUUCUUUUUAUCGCGAUGUCGAACCUAAGAGUCCUUUUUUUGUAAAAGUAUUUAUUUCCUAGUUUUUAUUCGGGUUUAAUUUUUUGACAUCACUUCACCUACCGUGUUUCUUUUUAGCUGGCCAAAGUCAUUUUUACACUGGCCGGUGAAAACUGGCUAAAAGUAAUCAAUGACCAAAAGUGGCUGACUAAAUAAAUGAGAGCCUAAAAAUCAGUAUGGCUGAUCCAGGGUGAAUUUUUUAAAAUUUAAUUUCAUAUUCUUUAAUUUGAAGUAACCAGAGACCUGUAUGUCUGAUUUCAAGGUUCUAGGAAAAUAUUUGAAAAUCGUUAUGGGUCACCCACAGGCAGUGUUCGACCAAGCAAAAAAGCGCUUUUUUGGAAAAUUGCUUUUUUGCUUUAAAAAGCAGCUUUAUUGCUUAUCAAAAUGAGAUGCUUUAUUGCUUUAUUGCUUUUUUAUGAAAUUGGGGCGUUGCUAGACACUAGUUCAAUUAUAUCCGGAAGUAGAAAGUUGACAAGCAAAUGGAAAUUAUGAGAAAAUGUUAAAUUGAUGUAUCUAUAAUGUAGAUUAAAAAUUGAUAAGUAUUAUAAAUGUAGAAUCUACAUUUAUAAUACGUAUCAAUUUUGUGUAAAUUACUUGUGACUUUGCUUUUUAAAUGUUUGCACUUGAAAAAUAAUGAAUGAAUUUUAAUUUCACGCACAUAAAUCUCUUUUCUUGCAUUUUAAGAUAAAUAGAUUUGAAAAUAUAUAUUUGAAAUUACUUCUCGUAAUUACUUCUCGAAAAGAAAUUUGGAUGAUCAUUGUGGUACAAAUCUGUUGGAAAGAUGGAGCUAAAGUCAAUAAAUCAAUAAAGCAAAAAAAGCAUAAAAAAGCAAUAAAGCAGAAAAAAACAAUAAAGCAAAAAGUAUACGCUUGGUCCUGCUUUUUUGCUUUUUGUCGAACACUGCCCACAGGGGUACCUCCGGUUAGAAAUUUUCCAAAUUUCACUCCAUAUUCUUUCAUUAGAAACCAUUAAUGACCUUGGUACCAAAUUUCGGCUUUCUACGACCAAUUUAAAAUUUUGGUGAUAAUACUCCUACUUCUGUAUGUAUGACCCCCACCGGUCAACCGCUGGGCCAAUUUGGCUAAUCUUCGAACUUGGCUCGUAAUUUUACCCCAUAAAGAUAUGGUGGAAAUUUCAACCAAAUCGGAUAAAUUUAAAGAGAGUUAUCGUAUACGAUAACUCUGGCCGUCUUAUAAGACGGCCAGACAUGACGGUUACAUUAGCCCUGCCUCGCUCUAAAAAUUUGUACAUAUUAAAUUUAAAAUUUAAAUUAUGAAAAAUUUAUAAAAAAAUGAAUGAUCUAAACGCGAAAAAAAGUUGCAAAAAACUGGAAUCCGAGGGGAUUCGAACUCGGAUCCCAUGUGUUUAACCGCCUGUCCCAACACCACUGGACUACCAUAACAACAUGUAUGUUCUACAUUCAUUUGCCCUCUUACUUCUAACUAUAGACUGCUGUAUAACUCGAUAAAAUCUUUAAUUGGUCUAUCACGUAUUCAAUAAUAAUCUUAGGUCCACAUAUGUUAUAGAUGAAAAAUAGACUAUAUCUAGGACAUUAAUUUGUGAAAUUAUGGUAAUUUAAAAGUUUAAAUUUUUAUCAGACAUCAGCAAUUUCAAAAUUUCAAAAUUCAAUUUCUAGUAGAAAAACUAAUAAAUUUUGAAAUUAGAAGAAAAAUGAAAUUAAGUUAGCCCACUGUGUAACUAUUUUGCCUCUUCUCAUUUUUCGAUUAGACGCAUCGUUUUGGCUGAAACCUUGUGAGAGUUUUCCAGCACCCACGCUGAAUGCAUAUCUUAUGCUUCGCAGGGCCCCACUUGAGCAUAUUCACAUAUGCUUUUUGAGACGGGGAAAGUUCAUGGACACAGAGAAGGGAGCAAACUUGUAAUGGAAAAGUAGACGAUAAAAUGGACAAUGAAUUCUUACGUGUCGAGGUCAACCCUCCCGUCCAACUUAAUAAAGACGAUGGUUGGAUCAAUAUCUCGAUUAGGUUUUCCGGUUACAUCGGAUAUCACUCUGUCGGCCAAACCUUGGCCAACAGAAUAAAUACGAACGUAUGUCCUAGAUCCGGAAAUAAGAAUUUUGUAGCUAAUUAUAAAGAUUUGUUUAAAUCAAGUAUGGCAGACAGUAUGGGCAUUGUCGACAUUAAAAGACCUGAUGGAGACAAUCUUGCAGAUAAGUACGGCAUGAUUGAGAAGUUGGAAUUCGAGUUUGAUUUUUAGUCUUGAUAUAUCUGAAAGGGUUUGUUCGAAAUAGUGUAUGAAAAUUUAAAAAAGUGGUAUACCAGUCAUAAAAAUAUAGUUAUCGGAUAAGUAGUUAUUUUACAAAUAAGUAUUUGUAUAAAUUUGUGGAGAUGGAAGGCUUUUAGUAAGUAUGAAUAUAAUGUAUUGGCACAUUUUAAUCCGGUUUUUACGAAAAAUAUUUACAAUUGCAAUAAAAUUAAAACAAAUUUUACGAACACACAACAAGGUCAAUUUAGCGGUUCCAUCAUAUGCCCACUUCGUCGUAUAAGUUUCAUCAGAAACCAUGAAAUUUUGAUUCACAUCAUAGAAAUCUACGAAUUUGAAUUUCAUCCCUAGGAUGUUUCACAUAUUUUAAGUAACGCUAGUAAGUACCUUCAUUUUUUCUAUCAGGCAAUUUAUUGCAAAUGCUAGAGUUUUAAAGAUAUAGCCCACCGAUAUCUGAAAGUACCCUAUCUGAAAUUUCGGAUUUUGGCCUAGAAAAGGGGUGGGGUAAUUGUUUUCAACGUUACCUUACUGAUUUAUUAUUCUCCCAUCAUACCCAUUAGAAUAAAAUAAUAAAAAGGCUGGGCCAGAAAUCGACUCUUAUUUACCCUAGUCCUAAGUCCUAAGAUACCUACACUCAAAGUGUAGGUAUCUUUGUAUGUCUACAGAAAGAAAAUCGUUUUCCAGUAGCCGCGUGAUUUGUAAAUAAAUCGAAAUUUAAUAUUUACGUAACUCUGUCGAUUUAUCAUUACAAAUUUAUUUUUGAAGGUGGACAAGGAAAAUUCAGACGGAUGAAAAGGUCCGCUCUAUGGUCUUUCAGAAGAAAGCUUACCAUUGUUUCAACAAUUUCUAUUUAAAUAUUAUCUUUACAUAUACUGGAUUGUGGCCAUAGGUGACAGGAAUCCAACAAGAACUGAAGUGCCAUUAGAUUCGUAGCAAAUUGACGGAUUUUUUCAGAAUUUUUUGGAGGAGAUGGCACCUUCCUGUAAGCUAGGAUUGUACACAUUAUGCAGACCCAUAAAACUAAUGUGCAGUGAAGUUAAGGGGGAAAUUAUUCAUGCAUAUUGUCCCAGAUUUGUAUUAAAGUCAUGAAGGGAAGAUGCGAUUUAAAAUGAAUAACUAUUCUGUGAAAGUCAUGUAAUGGUAAAGCUAGAUAGCGGAACAAAGGCGGCAAAUGGGAUAAUCUGGCGGCGAAUCGUGGAAAUAUUUGCAGUGCAAGGAUUCCUUGCAAGGAGACCACGUUUAUUUAAAUUGUAUAAAUUGAUUGCUUUGAGUUUAUAUGGACGUAAAACAUUGGCACAUGGUUAAAAUAAACCUGAU